AAAUCCAAUCAGCGCGCCGCUCGUGAGUACGAAUUACUAGCCAAUCAGAGCGGAGGAGGUGGGUCUUGUAUAUGAAUAGGCUUGCAGGGGAAUCAACAACACGCUGUCGGUGGAUAUUCACGUGAAACUCACACGCUUCAGAUUUGUGUGUGGUUUUGACUGAGGAGCCAGUAGCCAUGCAGGUCCAGGAUCUGAUUUGGCAGUUCCGUGUGCCUGAAUUGGGAGACUUCAGGCAAUACGUGCGGAGUUUGCCCACCAACACGCUGAUGGGCAUGGGCGCCUUCGCCGCCAUCACCACUUACUGGUACGCCACCAGACCACGAGCCCUGAAGCCUGCCUGUGACCUCACCAUGCAGUCUCUGGAGGUGGAGGGUGGAGAAUACGCUCGACGUUCCAUCCUCUUGGACAGUGAAAGGUUGAUGACGCAUUUCUACGAUGAUGCACGGACCAUGUACGAGGUGUUUCUGCGUGGGAUCAGAGUUUCCAAUAACGGUCCUUGUUUGGGGUCGAGAAAACCUAAGAGGCCGUACGAAUGGCUCUCUUAUAAAGAGGUUGCGGAGAGGGCAGAGAUGAUCGGUUCAGCGUUGCUCCACAGAGGACACAGUAAAGCAGGAGACAAAUACAUUGGGAUCUUCUCCCAGAACAGACCUGAGUGGACUAUAUCGGAGCUGGCCUGCUACACUUACUCACUGGUGGCUGUUCCACUGUAUGAUACGCUGGGCACCGAGGCCAUCGGCUACAUCAUAGACAAAGCUGAGAUCUCGACUGUGAUCUGUGAUGUGGUGCAGAAGGUGCGCACUGUGCUGGACUGCGUGUCAGGUAGAGAGCACACUGUCAGGACCAUCAUACUGAUGGAGGAGAAGGACAGUGAGCUCACUGAACGAGCAGAAAAGGAGGGCAUCCAGAUUAUCAACCUGAGAGAACUGGAGGUUAUCGGCAAAGCCUACCACAGGCGCCCGGCGCCUCCUACACCUGAAGACCUCGCUCUGAUCUGCUUCACCAGUGGAACAACAGGGAAUCCGAAAGGCGUGAUGCUCACACACGGCAACGUCAUCUCCAACUGCGCCGCCUUCAUCCGCAUCACACAGGCAAAGAUAAGGAUGAGUCGUCGUGACACUAUCGUCUCCUUCUUGCCUAUUGCUCACAUGUUUGAGAGAGUGAUGGAGAGCGUGAUGCUGGUGCACGGAGCGAAGAUCGGUUAUUUUCAGGGCGACAUUCGGACGCUGAUGGACGAUCUGAAGACUCUUAAACCCACCGUGUUCCCUGUCGUACCUCGACUCCUCAACCGCAUGUUUGACAAGAUCUUUGGGCAGGCGAACACUCCGCUGAAGCGAUGGCUGCUCGACUUCGCCACCAGGAGGAAAGAGUCUGAGCUGCGCAGCGGCGUUGUGAGGAAGGACAGCAUGUGGGACAAGUUAAUCUUUAACAAAGUCCAGGUGAGUCUGGGUGGACACGUGAGGCUGAUGAUCACCGGCGCCGCUCCGGUUUCCCCCACAGUGCUGACGUUCCUGCGAGCUGCUCUCGGCUGCCAGUUUUAUGAAGGUUACGGACAGACAGAAUGUACUGCAGGAUGCUCCAUGUCUCUGCCGGGAGAUUGGACAGCAGGUCACGUGGGUCCUCCUUUACCCUGUAAUUAUAUUAAACUAGUGGACGUGGCAGAGAUGAGCUACUAUGCAGCCAAUGGCGAGGGGGAGGUGUGUGUGAAAGGACCAAAUGUGUUCCAGGGUUACCUGAAAGAUUCAGAGAAGACCGCAGAGGCCAUCGAUAGUGCUGGCUGGCUGCACACUGGUGAUAUCGGCAAAUGGCUUCCGAAUGGCACUCUGAAGAUAAUAGACAGGAAGAAGCACAUCUUUAAGCUGGCUCAGGGCGAGUACGUUGCUCCAGAGAAGAUUGAGAACAUCUAUAUCCAUAGUGACCCUGUGGCUCAAACCUUUGUUCACGGAGACAGUCUACAGGCGUGUUUAGUCGGAAUUGUCGUACCAGACCCUGACAUCCUCCCAGGAUGGGCAAAGAAGAGAGGACUUGUGGGCUCCUACCUCGAGCUCUGCAAGAGCAAGGAAGUGAAAAAUGCCAUUCUUGAGGACAUGGUGCGGUUGGGGAAAGAAGGCGGUCUGAAAUCGUUUGAGCAGGUGAGAGACAUCGCCCUGAGCACUGAGCUGUUCUCCGUGCAGAACGGCCUCCUCACUCCCACCCUGAAGGCCAAGAGAACAGAACUGAGGAACCACUUCAAAGAGCAAAUCAGUCAGCUCUACACCAAGAUCAAGAUGUAAGCACAAACAGAGCUGGGGGAAAAAACACAGGGGGACGUGAUCUCUCUAAUGCAUAGCCUCAGUGAAAAUAAAGUGGCACUUUGACCUUUUUGCCUAAACAUAUUUAAGUCAAAGAUUUAUUUAUUGCCUUCAGGCCAGAAAAUGCCUUUUGUCAUUUUAACAGAAACAAUUUUAGGAAAGAAAUAAAAAGCACUUCACCACCCGUUUAGCAGUAAAAUAAUAAACCAAACAUGUCUGGACUGAUUUAAAUGAUCGAGGUGAACAUUUUUUUCUUCUAUCUUUAUCCAAACGGUUCCUUGUAAAUUAUCAUAUUACUGAUUCGAUUCAAAUAAUUACCUCUGUUCACUCAGACUAAAAACAUAUUGCAUUUAUCAUCUGUUAAACAGGGUUUCUUUUCUUAAAUUCAAGAAAUGUCAUUUUAAUUUUUAAACGUUUGGUCAUUGCUAGCUUCUGUAUGCUGGUUUCUUUAGCUGUUCUGUCUUUCUCUGUGCCAUGUGAAUUUGUAUAGUAAUUAUUUCUGUUUAGUGCCAAAGGCAAUAUUGCUGAUUGCUAAGUCGGGUUACGUUUCUACAAAUGUUUUUUUUUUUUUUGGUUGUAACCUUAAAACCUGAUCCUGAUUUUAUAGCCUGUUACAUGUGACCUGUUUAAAAUGUAUAACACACACUCAUGCUGUUAUAGGAAAGUCUUCAUGAACUAUUUUCCUAUAAUGACAUGGCUUAGUGUUUUAUUCCUCUCAUACAAUGGUGACGGUUGCUUAAUCAUGUCACAUUUCUCAAGCUGAAAAUGUUUACCUAAGCACAGCAACUGUUUUUUUUUUAUUAUUAUUAUUCGUGUUUUAAAUUAAAAAAAAGUAUAUUUAAGAAAUACAUUGGUUGAAACAAAAAGUACCUCUAAUGUUGCACCUAAAUAACCACUGCCACUCCUAUACAACACAAAUCUGUACAGAUUUAUGUUCUAAUCACAUAUUUUUGUGUAUAAAUAUUGUAAUACUGAAUGUUGUGUGUGUGUGUGGGUGAAAAACGGAUCUGUUGUACAUCUGUGUGAGCAUUAUUUAACGGGAAUGUUGUGUUUUUUUUUUGUUAAAUCUUCGUUUUGAGAACAGCUCGGUUUGCUAGAUGUUUAAAAUGAACUGCGUGACAAAUACUGUGCUAUAUACUGUAACUUCAAAUCAACUAAAUUGAAAUAAAUAGACAAAACAACAA